AUGGCUGCCACUCGGCGUCUCUGCUGCCUCAUAUCUGCGCGAGGGGCGAUUUCCCCAGUCUCGUGGUGUCUGCCUGGGGCAGCAGCAGCAGCAGCAACAGCAGCAACAGCAGCAGCAGCAGCAGCAGCACCUGUUGGACUGGCAGCUGCACUUGCUGCAGCAAGAGCAGCACCAGCACAGAAAUGCUGCUCGGGUUUUAGGCCACUUCCCCCUCCGUUCGCAGCUGCUGCUGCUGCUGCAGGGCCUUCCAGAGAGCCUUUCUUUGCGCUUUGCUGCAGCAGCAGCAGCAGCAGCAGCAGCAGUCGGCUCCUUGGCCGUGACGUGCUGUCGAGCAGCAGCAGCAGCAGCAGCAGCCGCAACAGCAGACCCACCGGCCGUGAGACCGCCUCGAGCAGCUGGAGCCGCAGCAGCAGCAGCAGCAGCAGCUGCUGCCUCGGCGGCCGCGACGUCCUCUCCAGCCACAGCAGCAGCAGCAGCAGCAGCAGCAGCAGCAGCAGCAGCAGCAGCAGCAGCAAAGUGCGGUUUUACCGCACGCGGAUCAACUGGAUGCGCGUGCGCUUCCGAGCUCGCGUGUCUUACUUUUUGAGGAAGCAGCUGAAGCCCAAAAACCACUCCAAAGUCCUCACCAGGUUUCGCCUUUCGCGAAUAAGAGACCCCCCUCUGGACUCAAACCCGAAUUUGCAGCCUAUAAGAAAGUGCCUCCCUUCAUACUUUGGCUAG